AUGCCGUCGCCAGCGUUCUCAUCAGCCGGCGGUCUCCUUCACCCGACAUUCUCCUCGGCGCCGUUCUUUUUCGACCGCGCGGCUCUCUCGAGUGAUGCAGGGAAGGGUGGAGUGGUGGCUGAGUACACCGGCGGAGGCGCAGCGGGCGGAAACGGCGAUACGAGCGGGAGCUUCCUCGAGGGUGAGAGUUGGCGGGGUGGCUUCACGGGCGGGAGCGCGGUAGGGCUCCACUCGGCGCCGAGGGUGUCGUACUAUUUCUCGCGAGGUGUCGGAGAGUACCAUUUUGGCGAACGACAUCCGAUGAAGCCUCACCGCCUGACCUUGACGAACCACCUCGUCGUUGGAUACGGCUUGCACAAGCGGAUGGACGUCUUUGAGCCUCGCAUGGCGACCAAGGAGGAGCUGGAGAUGUUCCACGACGAGGACUACGUCGACUUUCUCGCUCGCGUCACCCCAGAUAACGUCCGGCACUUCUCGACCGUUCUGACGCGCUUCAACAUCGGCGACGACUGCCCCAUCUUUGCCGACAUGUACUCGUACUGCCGCCAAUACGCUGGGGCGUCGCUAAUGGCCGCUCGCAAGCUUGUCGCGGGGACCACCGACAUCGCGAUCAACUGGACGGGCGGGUUGCACCAUGCCAAGAAGAGCGAGGCGAGCGGGUUCUGCUACGUCAACGACAUUGUGCUUGCGAUCCUCGAACUCUUGCGGACCCACCCUCGCGUGCUGUACAUCGACAUAGACAUCCACCACGGCGACGGCGUCCAGGAGGCCUUCUACAACACGAACCGCGUCCUGACCGUCUCGUUUCACAAGUACUCGCCCGACUUCUUCCCCGGUACGGGCCACAUCGACGAGGUCGGUCACGCGUUGGGCAAGAACUUUUCGCUCAACGUGCCGCUGCAGGACGGGAUCGACAACGAGUCGUACAUCGCCUUGUUCAAGUCGAUCAUGGAGCCUACGAUCAACACGUACCGCCCUAGCGCAAUCGUCCUCCAGUGCGGCGCCGACUCGCUCGGGUGCGACCGACUCGGGUGCUUUAACCUGUCGAUCGCGGCGCAUGGCGAAUGCGUCCGCUUCAUCAAGUCGUUCAACCUGCCCUUGAUCGUCCUCGGCGGCGGAGGGUACACGAUCAAGAACGUGUCCCGCUGCUGGACGUACGAGACCGCCGUCCUCCUCGGUCUCGAGCAGGACUUGCCGAACGCUCUCCCGCACACGGCUUACGACGACUUCUUCGCUCCCGACUGGAAACUUCACCCGGACCUCGCUUCGGGCCGCAACCGCCUCGAGAACCUCAAUUCGCGGAAACAGCUCGAGCGGAUUCGCGUCGCGGCGUUGGAGCGCGUGAGGUACAUGGCGGGCGCGCCGGGCGUGCAGAUGGCCGAGGUGCCGCCGAGUCUGGCGUCGUGGAUCGCAGACGAGGACGAGAAAGAGGAGAAGGAGGCGAAGGAAGAAGGGAACGAGCGGGAGGAGGACCCGCACCGCGCGACGAACGACUACUUCGGGUCGGAGAGGGACAGGGAGGGACUGGCUGGCGGUGGAGACGGCUACUCGGCGGGUACGAGCGCGGCGACUUCGGCUGCGACGACUCCUGCGUCGGCGUUCCCGCCACGCAUGGGCGGCGGACCGCAUCGCUCGCGACUGUCGGUUUCGUCGGGCAUCGCACCUUCGACUCCUUCGCUCGUUGGCGGCACGGCGGGUAAGAAGCGGCGGAAGGUCAUUGCUGGCGGGACGAAGGAGGAGGGAGCGAUGAACCCGCCGCCGAACCCGUCGCGGCCUGGGAUGUCGACUCCCGCUGCGUCUGGCAAGGUCGCCAAGCCUCGAAUGGACCCAGGCGGAGCGGACGACGAGGAGUGA